UAUGAUCCUUCAGACAUGGCGAGUAAGAAGGCCUCCAAUAAGAGGCAGAGGGGAGGACAGAAGUCUUGCUCCAAUGUCUUCUCCAUGUUUGAGCAGUCCCAGAUUCAGGAGUUCAAGGAGGCUUUUGGAUGCAUUGACCAAGACAGAGAUGGUGUCAUAAAAAAACAGGAUCUGAAGGAGACAUAUGGACAGCUGGGGAAGCUGAAUGUCAAAGAUGAGGAACUGGACGAGAUGCUGAAUGAGGGGAAAGGGCCCAUCAACUUCACCGUGUUCCUCACUCUGUUUGGGGAGAAACUCAACGGGACCGACCCUGAAGACACCAUACUUGCUGCCUUCAAACUGUUCGACCCCAACGGGACGGGUUUUGUCAACAAGGAUGAGUUCAAGCGGUUGCUGAUGAACCAGGCUGAUAAAUUCACCGCAAAUGAGGUGGAAGAGGCCUUCGCUCUCGCUCCCAUCGACCCGACCGGCAACAUCGACUACAAGUCCCUCUGCUACAUCAUCACGCACGGAGACGAGAAGGAAGAAUCCUAACGAGGGCCGUGGUCGGGGUCACACAGGUCGCCUGAAGCCUGCGGAUAGCCGGGGUGGUUAUCGUUCUGAAGCGUGGAUGACUGAUGGAGUAAUGUUGUGAAUAUUUGAUUAAUUCAAGCACUCGAUGGUAUUAAAUGCUGAAGUUCUGCCGUCAGAAAUGGUCUCAUUUGUUUGUUUGCUACUGAGAACAUAGUGCUCCUCAAAAGCUUCUUUGUUGAUUACAAAUAAUAAAAACACUGUACAUGGAAUAAGACUGAA